CGCUCGAGUUCCGUCAGAUGUCUCCGGCAUAUUCGAUAUAAGCGCCGUAGAUCCCUUAGAUCCCCGUCGACGUUCGAUCUCGGUGGAUCGCGAGUGAUCAUAGAUCUCGUUCCCUUUCUGCGUCCGCGUCGCGCGCCCGAACGAUCGGGAAAGGUGAACGUUACACGGUGAUCGUCGAUGAAUGACCAGUGACCGGAAGUCGAGAGAUCAUCGGACGAUGGAGUCGUCAAAGGAAUACGUCUGCCGGCUGUCGCCGGAAGAGAUGGAGUACGUGGCGGUAAAUUUGAACGAGACGGAUGGUGACAGACCGAUGAAAAUCGCGGAGCUCAGACAGUGGAUCGUGGAAAACGUCGAUCUCCACGCGCCGUCUGACGAUUUCUUCUUGCUGCGUUUCCUGCGUGCCAGCAAGUUCGACACAGAGAAAGCAAAGAAUAAGCUGCGAAAUUAUUGUAAACAAAGGGACACGCUGCCGGAAUGGUACGCCAACAGGAAUCCGUUCCUGCCAGAGCUCCAGGAGCUCUUCGAUCUUGGGGUACUUUUGCCUUUAAGAAAGCUAGAUAACGACGGAAGGAUGGUAGUAAUAGUACGCGCGGCAGUCCACAACCCUUCUAGGCACAAAAUGGCGGACAUGCUGAAGGCCGCGCUGAUGACUCUGGAUCUCGCGCUGAGGGACCACGAGUCCAUGACUAUCUACGGGAUCACCGCCAUCUUGGAUAUCGCCGGCAUCACCUACGAGCACGUGCUGCAACUGCCGCCCAGCGUGAUCAGGAACCUGGUGCACGCGUGGCAGGGCUGCUAUCCGGUGAGAAUCUACUCGCUGGACUUCAUCAACGCGCCGCGGUUCAUCAACGUUAUACUGAACGUCUUCAGGAGCUUCAUGAACGCGAAGCUGAAGCAAAGGGUGCACGUGCACGCCCGCGGGAAACUGAAGCUCCACGAGUCGCUGCCGGACGACGUUCUACCGGAAGAGUAUAACGGCACUAAUGGCACUCUGAAGGAUUUGAUUGAGUAUUGGAAACGUGCCGUGGAGGACAACAAAGAGUGGUUCGCCGAGGAGGAAAAGUACAGAUUGACGUCGAUUAAGUAACCAGAUUGGCUCUAAUUCAACGAUAACGAGGGAUCUCGCGUAUGCAGCGGCUGGUCGACUGGUCGAACAGCUAAUGGCGCGUUUAGAUCAAACGAGCAACCGAUCAACGAACGUGUCAGUUGAUAAACGAAUAUAAUUAACGCUGGAACUACCUAAAAAUCGAGAUGAUUUUUCUCAAUUUCUCUGUAGACACCCUAAGAGUGCAGCUAUUGAAACAUAAAUCGAUUUAUAAUUCAAUUUGCACAUCACUAAAUUAAUUUCUAUACUUAUAGAAAUUUCUAUACUUUUCUAUAAUUAUAGUUAUAGGAACGUCUGUUGCAUUUUCCGUAAUUGCAACAGAAAAGUUCAAUAAUGAAUAUUAAUCGAUUAGUCCCAGCGUUAAACUCGCGCAGGGAACGUUGCUCACGUCCACGUUUGUAUUUUUGUAAAACCAUUUUUCUCGCUUUAUUGUGAGUUUUUUUUUCUUUUUAUACACAGAUAAUUAUCGUAAGGAAAAAUAGAAAUGUACACACCGCAUCCGGUCUUCUUAUUGCAUCCGUUCAUCCGCUCGGUGAACGCAUCCUUUACAAUAGUUAAAAAAAAGGAGAAGAGAGAGAGAGAAAGAAACAGAUCGUCUCUCCUCGGACGUGACGGAUGAAUAAAAAACAAUUCAACUAAAAAGACAUUAAUGGCGACGGGGGUGGAGCCGCAGCGGCUGCAGCGGCAGCGACGGCAGCGGCCCCCGUCGUUGCUUCUAUAAAACGUAACCGCUAUGAUUCUUUUAUAUGCUACAAUAUGGUACAUUCGUCCGUGUCCCCGGAAUCGUUCGCGAUGAGACAACGGAACUGAAGAUUAUCUCGCGCGAAGCGGAUAUACACAACACGCGCGCGUGGGCGCGUCGGUUUCGUUUAACACAUUGACGCCGGUGCGUAAGGUGCCACCGAUGGACACUUUGG